GUGUCAUAGUGUGCUUAAUCUUUUCGUGUGUUUAUCAAGCCCUCCGCGGCUCGUCAAACAGCGCCGUGUAAACAUACACACGGCUAAUUUCCCCUCCUAUACCACUGCCUGUAGAGCCACAGUAGAUACCAUGGACCCAAGAUCGUGGUUCGGUGACCUUACAGGGUACUUCGUGUACCUGCUCUUUACUGCGACUCUAGGUCCUCUUCUGUUUGGUUUCCAUCUUUCUGAACUAAACGCGCCCGAAGAUGUCAUCCGCUGCAAGAAGAAGUCCAUUACCUCGACCGCAACGCCGAAUCUGCCACAAUGCAUUGAGAUGACCCCAACGCAAUGGGGUGUUGUGGGCUCUAUGUACACACUGGGAGGGCUUAUCGGUGCGCUGUCAGCGGCGCCCUUAGCUGGGAAAUACGGGCGUCUCAGGGCUAUGCAGAUGACUACUCUGUUCUUCACCAUCGGCCCCGUCUUCGAAGCGCUAUCGCCUAGCAUCGCCGUCAUGGCAUUUGGCAGACUCGUCUCUGGGGUUGGUGCAGGAGCGGCUGUGGUCAUUGUACCUCUGUAUAUCUCAGAGAUCGCACCACCGGCGAACAAGGGCUUCUUUGGCGCGUUCACACAGAUCAUGUGCAAUGUCGGCAUCUUAGUCACGCAGUUGCUGGGCUAUUUCCUCAGUCACGACUCGUACUGGAGAGUCAUCUUGGCUGUUGGUGGGCUGAUCGGUUUUGUGCAAGGGCUGUGUUUGCUCUUGUCUGCAGAGAGCCCCAAGUACCUUGCUGAGAAGGGUAACCUCACCCAGGCCAAGAGGAUUUUACGCAAUAUUCGUGGCGCAAAUGCCGACAUUGACGGUGAGAUGAACGACUGGGGAAUCGACGGCUCCAGCGUGAAUGAGGAGGAGCAGACCCUGCUGCACAACGAGGGUGGCUCGUCACCAUCAACCGACAAAGAAGGCACCUUGACUAUCAUGCAGGUUUUGCGUCACGAAGAUUACAAGAAGGCUGCCAUUGCAGUCAUCAUGGUCAUGCUGGCCCAGCAGUUCAGCGGCAUUAACAGCAUUGUCAUGUACGGCGUGUCGCUCCUGGCGGGGCUCCUUGAGUCCAACUCUGCGCUGCUCAACCUUGCGGUGUCUGCAGUCAACAUCGUGAUCACGGCUGGUGGUGCACCUUUGCCAGACAAGUUUGGACGUAAGCCAUGCCUUUUAGGCUCGAUCGCAGGCAUGGGCACCAGCUCCCUGCUGCUUGCAAUUGGCAUCAUGAAGUCGGUGCCCGUACUCUCAGCCGUCGCUGUGCUCUUCUUCGUCUCGAGCUUUGCGCUUGGGCUGGGCCCAGUUCCCUUUAUCCUUGCCAGCGAGCUUGUGGGCCCAGAAGCUGUGGAUGCAACUCAAAGUAUCGCGCUUGGUGCGAACUGGAUUGCUACCUUCAUCGUGGCUCAGUUCUUCCCGCUGCUGAGUGCACAGUUGGGCGGAAAAGUCUAUCUGAUCUUCGCAGGACUCUCUGCAUUCUUCUUCGCCUUCCUCUCGUGGUAUGUGCCAGAGACAAAGGGCAAGAAGAACGCGGACGAGGUCUGGGGCAGGGAGCGCAGGGUCGAUUGAGGCUCACAUGCAAAAGGCGGGGUGACGUGGGCGACGCAGAUUCGGAAGGCGCAUCUGCAUCUCACAAUGUGGUAGCACAAGCAAACACAGAUUCUUUCGCGCCUCUCUUCUCC